AUGAUUCCACAGCACUUAGAAGAAAAUCUUCUUUAUCGCGAAUUGCAUUUAAGACCCAUAAAUUUUCAAAGAAAUGCAUUGGGUACACGGAACUUUUUGGAUCGUCUUGGUCACAGUAAAACAUUGAAAGGUCAUGAAGGAUGUGUAAAUUGCUUACAGUGGAAUGCUUCAGGAAGCUUAUUAGCAAGUGGUUCCGAUGAUAUGCAAAUUCGUUUGUGGAAUGUGGAAGGUAAAGCUUUGGACUGUAUCAAGUCCGGUCAUAUGAAUAAUAUAUUUUCGGUGCAAUUUUUACCGAGUGGAAGCGAUGACUUGUUGAUAAGUGCUGCAGGUGAUGGUAAUGUAAGAAUGCACUCGAUCUCUCGGUCUGAUGUGCCUUACGUAUGGUGGUCCGGAGGUCGUGUAAAGCGUUUAGCUAUAACACGCGCUGACCCAUAUCUGUUUUGGUCUGCUGCAGAAGACGGUUUCAUCAAGCAAUAUGAUGUUCGCACCGCUAAAGCUACAAGUUUAAUCGAAUUUGAUCAGAAAGAGUGUAAAUCAUUGGCAAUAAAUGAGAAUCGUCCAGAAAUGAUUGCGGUUGCUUUGAAUGAAGCUCCUGUUCCUCUUUAUGAUCGACGGAAUGUCUCGAAACCAUUAUUUACUGUUAUUCCAGGUCACAUUCCAAUCUCCGAUUCAUCCUCGCGUCAUCCGUUUAGGACACUGUCAGUGACCCAUGUUGGUUUCAAUUCUUUAGGCAAUGAACUCAUUGUUAAUAUCGGCGGAGAACAAAUUUACAUAUUUAAUGUUCUUGAUCGAGCACACGAGCCAGAUGCACUGCAGUCACUUAAUAGUUUCAUUGAUGAUCCGGUUCGUAAUUUAUUGAGUACUGGAGGUUUCCCUGGUUUUGAUAAAACAACAACAGAAGUUUUUAGAGGAGAGCGUGAAUUAGCAAAAAUUCAUUUCAAUAAUAAGGAAUAUACUGAUGCGAUUAAUAUCUACAGUCAGACAAUUCUCGAUUGUGAGAAAUUAUGUGGGCACGAUCCACCACGUGGACAUCCUCAUUCGAUGGAUUUAUGUUUGCUAUUAGCAAAUCGUGGGGCGAGCUAUUUGCGAAGGUUAUGGGAUGGUGACGCAUAUGCUGCACUGCUAGACCUGAUACGAGCCUUAAAAAUUGAACCAAGAAAUAGCAAAGUACAUUACCGAAUUACUAGAGCCUUAAUUGAGUUGAAGCAAUAUGAUAUGGCGAGGAAAAUUUCAAAACUAUUCAAGGAACGCUUUCCUGAUGAGCAUUCUUGCGAUAGGCUAGAUGCUGUAUUACAAACUGAUCCUACAGGGCAAAAAACUUGGACUUCAAAUGGUUGUUCAGACUACGUUCAGCGGUUAUGUGGACAUUGCAAUACCAAUACCGAUAUAAAAGAAGCUGUUUGGUUUGGUGGUAGGGAUGAAUAUAUCGCCGCAGGUAGUGAUUGUGGUUCAUUGCUGAUUUGGGAGAGGAAAUCAGGUGCUUUGAUAAAAGGAUUUGAAGCAGAUAUGAAUAUUUUGAAUUGCGUACAACCCCAUCCAUCAAUUUUAUUGCUUGCAACCUCCGGAAUUGAGCAUGUCAUUCGGUUCUGGGAACCACUUCAUGAGGAUUUUCAAAGGGACAGCAGAGAAGCAGGACGUGAGUUACAUCGUCUUACGUCUCUCUCAGCAGCGAAUCAGAAGCGAAUGCAUACAGGUAUAUUCGAUAUGGUAGUUGCGUCUAUAGGAUUAGCUGUGCAGGGUGGCGAUGACGACGAUGUUGAACGUGGAAGACGGGUUGGUUGUAAUGCAAGUUAG